AUGGGCUCCUUUGUUGAACGUAGCUUUUAUGUGGACGACUUCCUGGGAUCCUUCGAUAGCAUCGAGGAAGCAGUUCAACACAUUAGGGAUCUAUCCAAGCUACUGCUCAUUGGUGGCUUCAAGGUGACCAAGUGGACGUCCAAAAGUCGUCAUGCAAUUGAUUGCAUCCCAUUUGAUGAGCGGGCACCGAGUCUUUGUGACUUGCAGGGGAGUCCGUUACCAACAAACGGGGCUCUUGGUGUGCAAUGGAAUUCGGAGAAAGAGGGGCCUUUACAAUCCAAUGGGGUUCGUCGCAUCGUGGCUACUGCCGGACAAGAUUCUGCUGCAGGACCUGUGUAG